AUGUCUGACUUCCCGGACGCCCCUACCACGGCUCCUUCUGCCAACGGUACUUCCUACAUCCAGGCUACCAAGGAGAACGCUGCCGCUGCCUACCAGCAGGUCGCUUCCGGCCCCGUUGCCCAGAGUGUCAAGGACCAGUCCGCAAAGACCUCAAAUGAGUUCGGCAACCUUGCUGCCUCUCGCAAGACGCCCGCCAACCCCGCUGCCACCGGCCAGCCCUUGACUCACUACCACUCCUUCUUCUUCGAGCUUAUCUCGUGGAACAACCCUCGUGCCUCGGCCAUUGCCUACUCCUCCAUCGUUGCCCUCAUCUUCGCUGCUCGUUACCUCGAUGUUCUGCGAUACAGCUUGAAGCUCACCUGGAUGGUGCUCGGCACCACCGUCCUUGCCGAAGUCGCCGGCAAGCUCGUCCUCAACAACGGCCUUGCUACCCAGCUCCGCCCCAGACGCUACCACGUCAUUCCUAGAGAGACGCUCGAUGCCGCCAUAGGAGACGUUCACGAGCUGAUCAACUUCUUCGUGAUUGAGGCUCAGCGCAUCGUCUUCGCCGAGAACAUUGGUGCUUCUGCUGCUGCCUUCAUCGGUUCCUUCAUUGCCUACUACCUGGUCAAGAUUGUUCCCUUCUGGGGCCUUUCUCUGAUUGCCACCACUGCGCUCUUCAUGGUCCCUCUUCUCUACACCUCCAACCAGGAGCUCAUCGACGCCCAGCUCAACCGCGCCGGUGAGGUGAUCAACCAGCAGACCAACCAGUUCCGCACUGUCGCCAGCAAGCACACCGCUGAGGCCACCAACAUCACCAAGCAGUACAUGGGAGAUUACACCGCCAAGGCCCAGCAGCUGCUCGGCCGCCGCUCUGCUUCCCCCGAGGCUGUUUCCAAGCCCGCCCGUGUUCCUUCCGCAGACACCGCCAUCCCCUCUGUGGAGGAGAAGGACUUCCCUUCCGCUCCCAAGGCCGAUUUUGAGAGCACCACCACGGAGCCCGUUGUCCCGGGUGCCGCGGAGAAGACCCCUAUGGUCGCCUCCUAA